GAAACAGCAUCGCUUCGAUUGGCUCUCUCGCCCGCCACUCCUCAUUCUCACCUGCUGAUUGGCCGGAGCGCUGGGGUUUUCAGCAGCUGGCACCGCCCUCCAUCUCUUAGCAGCGGGACAGCGGCUGUGACAGGAGCGGUCUGAGGAGCUGCUGGGACCAGGUGCUGGCAACUGGCUCCAGUGUCACCGUCAGAGCAGGGACAGGGCGAGGUUGUGCUGACAGCACCUCGCUGACCCUGGUUAUCAUCACAGGACAGUGGCUGAUACUUGAAAUCAGCUGUGCCAGCUGUCUGGUAACAGAAAUAAACAUCCUGAUCUACUGUGUUCUCAUCAUGUUUUCUGCGCUCUCCCAGUAUGAAGGUAACAGUUGUGGUCAGAAAACUACAUCUGGGCCUGGCUGGAAAUCGUUUUUGCCAGUGCAGAUAAUGCCUUGUGUCGAAGAUUCCACUACUUACAAGGAAAGAGGUUUCCCGUCUCAUUUGCCUGUGGGACAAGGGGAGAAGAACAGAUUCUGUGACACAGAUGGGAAUGUGGACGAGCCCCUGGGUCCCCAGUGUGGAUGGGUGUCCCGCCACCCAGAGCUGCCUGGGCAGACAGACAAAGGGACGGGCAGAGGACGUGUGGGCGAGCGGUGCGUGCCCCGUGGAGUGUGGGUCCUGGUUCUGGUUCUGCUCCUGGUUUUGCUGCUGGCUGCUGUGCUGUCAGCAGGAAGAGCUGGAGCAAGAGCGGCUGCGGUGCUGGGCUGUCCUGACGACUGGGUUGGGUACCGCAAUGUCUGCUACUACCUGUCGAGCACGGAGCAGGAGGGGAGCUGGGAGUGGAGCCAGGAACGGUGCUCCUUGCUCGGGGCCUCGCUGGCUGUGCUGGAGAGGGAGUGGGAAACAGAGUUUCUCUCACGCCUCAGGGGCAACAUUGAUUACUGGCUGGGGCUGCGGAGACGGGACGGGCGGCUGCAGUGGGUGAACGGCAGCAGCUUCAACCACAGGUACCUGGUGUACGACCAAGGCGAGUGUGCAUUUUUGAAUAGCCGUGGUGUUGUUAUUUCAAGCUGCUCACAGCUCCGACCAUAUCUCUGCAGCAAGCCCCAAGCUAUCAUAUCCCUUGUGUUCCUGCGUACGGGGGCUUGUGUGCCGCCCCCCCAGAAGCUGCUGCCGCAGGAGCCCCAGCAGCAGCUGGAAGCAGCCGUGGGCGUUGGGGACAAACCCACCUGCUGCAGCUCCUGGAAGCUGGAAACUGAAGCUGCUUUGGACCAAGGAGGCGGCCCAGAAAAGCCCAUUUUCCGCUCAGCAUGCACAGGCUGCCGCAGCAGAGAGCAGAGCCAAGGACCAGUGAGCACCAGCCCUGCCAUGGGGACCUUGGGAGGUUUUAGCCUUAAGUGCAUUAAGGAUCAAAAGGUCCCCAUCGGGGUCACCGUGGUCGUAGCCGCGUUGCUCCUCACCAUCAUCGCGCUGGCGGUUAAGAAAUGCCCGUCCUGCCCCUCUCACGUCCUUCCCAGCUGCCUGAACAAUGGCAUUGGAUACGGGGAAAAGUGCUUUUACUUCAUUGAGGACGAAGCGGAGUGGAACAGGAGUCGAAUCGUGUGCGUUUCUCUGGGGGCGCAUUUGGCCACCAUCGACAGCUGGGAGGAGCUGCGUUUCCUCUUGCGCUAUGGGCGCUCCUUGCACUACUGGUUGGGUCUCCAAAGGGAAGAGUCUGGACCUUGGAAAUGGGUCAACGGGUCUCUCUUCAACAACUGGUUUGAUGUCCGGGGAAAGGGACAAUGUGCCUAUAUCAACCAGGACGGGGUCAGCAGCGACUGGUGCUCCCAGACGAAAUUCUCUGUCUGCAGCCACCAGCAAAACCGGCCCAGCGCCAUUCAGAAGGAUUCAUAAACCCUCCCCAAUUUCACCUGAAAUUUCCCCCUCGGCAGAGGGGAUCAACCACAAGCUGCUAUUAACCCUCCACGACGUGUUAGCAAUGGUGCAAAUUCAUUUUGGUUUUAGGUUACAAAAGCAGAAACGCCUCACAACGCUGACACAAAGCUGAGACCAAAGAAUCCUCACUCGGGUUUGACCACAAGUGUCUUUCCAGCGUUUGCAGCUGCGGGGACACUCGGGGACACUCGAGGGGUUUGGAAAACUCCCCGCUCUGCCGCUGCCGCCCCAUGGAGCUCAGUCCCGCUGGUUUUCCCGUCCUCGGUGUUGUGUGUGUUGGUUUUGGUUUUGGUUUUGGUUUGGUUUUAUCUGGGUUUGGAGGAUCUGGAGGCAAUGGGCAGAAAUACAAAGUGGAGACCCCGACCUCAGCAAGGAGCCCCAACCGCUGCUCUGGGAUGUGUUUUGGCGUCCCGGUGAAUUACCCAGCGCUGCGUUUGUCCUGGUUUUCCUGGUCAUUUCCUCCGGCUUAAAUCUCGGUGGCUUUUUUCUGGCAAACCCACUGCAGUGGAGCGCUGCAGAUGUGGGAACGCAGCUGCCCCCCCCGAAUCGCGGCACAAGCCUUCGCCUGGACGGGACCCAGCACCGGAGACCUGGGGAGCACCGGGACGGCCAUCAGCCUGGCGCCGUGCGUCGCGCGCUGUGUGUUCAGUUACAAUAGUUAUCUCAUUACAGUGUUUUCCUCCCACAACCUGAACCGGCACAGCCGCUGUCAGCUCAGCUGAUGGUACCACCCUCUUGUUUUUCCAACUGUUGGGGAAGCAGAACUAUCGGUAAUCCCGUGCUCACCCCAAAAGAUAAUUACCCCUCCCCACACCCCCAUGUGUGUACUAACAAAUAUUAGCUCGGUCGGAUCGAUUGCAAUUUGCACAUUAUUGCACUUUGCAUUUGGGUAUAUAAUAGGAAUAAGGGUUUAAUUGCUUUUUCCCCUCUCUUCUCCCUGUUUCGCAGCUGGGCUGCAGAGAACAAACCCGUGUUGCUCUGGUUUCUCUGUGCUCCUAUGAGCGUUGCUGCUGCCUCCAGGGGGAUUUUGGGGGCAGCCGGGUCUGUGCUGAGCAUCGCGCUGGAAACAUUUCCCCUGGGCCGGGGCUGUUGGAACCUGCUCGUGAACCGGAGCGAGGGGCACUCACAGGGCUGCUUGUAACGCGGAUCCGUCCCACCAGCUCCACUCCUGCCCGCGCGUCUGGUCGAUGCUCAGCCCCAUCCAGGCUCCGGAGCUGGUUCUGGUCAUCUCCCCGAUGAAAGCCUGGGAGAGAAGAAGAGACUCAGAGGUGAUCGCAUGGCAAAGAGACCUGAUCCUGCCCAUGAGGCUCUGGUCUGGGAUGGGCCCGGCACAUCCCGGUUGCUGACUGGGGCUAGAGGGGUUGGUGGGUGCUUUGGAAGAGAUGGGAGUGUGGUCUGGAGAUGACGGGCAGGGCUGGAGACAUUCACACCCGAUCCUGUGUGAUCUGCUCUGGUGACCCUGUGUUAGCAGGUGGGUUGGAAUGGAUGAUCUCCAGAGGUCCCUUCAACCCAACCAGCCUGGGACUCUGUGUAUGAUUCGGUGAAGCAGGUUUUUUUUGGGGUGACAGAGGAGCCUGGAAUCUCAUAUAUGGGGCAACAUGUAUUUGCCCUUUUUCCUUAACCUCACCUAAGUUCUGAUUUAUGUUUUGAGGCUCUUUUUCCCCCUGAAAUAAUAGAAUCAUUUUGGUUGGAAAA